AUGCCUCCACAAGUAGCUAUGCACGCUAGUCAAUCACCAGACUCCCAGGCUAUUAACGAACAAACUAUUGCUGAAUUGAUGCAGCAAGGUUUCGUCUCUGAAGCAGAAGAAUUGCUACCCCCACCACCUCAUUUACCACCAACCUCUGCUUUCUCCACAGAUGCACAAACACAAGAAGGAUCUGAUGGACCAGAUUAUCAUGAAUUUUUAUGUCAAUAUCUUUACCAGAAUUUUGUCAAUGGUGAAUUUUGCAACUUGCUAGUCCACGUUCCAUUUAGAGAACCCCCGUACCAGCUCCACGCCCAUAUUGUCUCAAAAUCACCGUAUUUAUUUCACUUACUUACCAACGCUGUUGCGACAACGGAAUCAGAUUACACUCAUCCUAUAAGUAUAGCUCUUAACGAACUCGUUGAUCCAUACAUCACCGAUGAAGCGUUCACCAUUUGUUUGUCGCACCUCUACCUCUCGCAAAUGCACUGUGUGACUGGUGAGAAUGCGCAUCAUGUUUUGGCGGCAGCCUCGUUCCUUGGGAUAGGUGAUCUGUGCGAAUUCUCUGCCAAUGCAGCAUGCGAAAAUAUCAACGAGCAUAAUGUUGUGGCAUAUAUCGAAUGGUCGGAUCACGCUAGUCCAUACGGCGGGUACACGCAACAGAUUCGUGAACGAGCCUAUACUUUUCUAUUACGCGAUUUUCCAGAGAUGACAUCUGCUUUCGGGGAGAAUGGAUCCACUGGACCUGGCUACAAACGAUUAUGUGGCUAUUACGUUCAAUUACCAUUCGAUCUGCUUAGACUCUGCUUAGAAAGCAAGGAAUUACAAGUGCCUUCUGUGCAAAAACGCGUACAGCUGGCGCAAGAUGUUGUCACCACAUGGAAUCAAAUGAAUAGCAACGAGCAAGCGAUAGUGACUACCGGAUUCACGGAGGAUCAAGCAGUAUUAAUCAGCAAAACUACGUCGCGAAGGAUCAAAAAGAAUUAA